AUGAAAAUAAAUGAAAAUAAUUAUGAAAAGUCUUCGGAGGGUGUAAAUAAUUUCUGGAUAUCAGUAAGCGAAGGAAUGGUUGAAUCUAAAAUUAGAAACGAAGAGAAUGAAUAUGACUUGACUGUAGUCACCAAUGUGAAUAAGCAAAUGGGCGCCUACGUAAAUGCCAUCACCACUAGAUUUACAAAACGACUUUUAGAAAAUGCAAAGGAAAGCCCACCGAAACGUGUCGCAAAAAUAGUGGGGGACGAUCCAAACAAUCCUUUUGUUGUAGUAGAAACAACCGAUGAGAACCAUUUAAAUGAUUUUAUAGCAUCCGGAUUACCUGAUGAAAGUAAUUCAGAUGGUUCAUAUCAACCAAGUUCGGACGGUCUCGAUGAUGACACUUUUGUUGAGCCUGAAGACGAAAUUUUUAGUGAAACCAGGAGGAGGAGAACCCAAUAUAUUCGUGAUUGGUUCACGGGACCAGGUAUCAUGAAAUCUACAUUAAGCGCUGAUGCAGAAAAGUGGGUUAUCGGCACACUCGAUAUUUCAAAUAUAUUAUUAGAAUAUCGUGAUAUUUCAGUUCAUAAAAUUUUUGAGAAUAAAGUUAAUGAAGUUUCCGAAAUACUUUCAUUGAACCAUAUAUUUUUAUUCGAACGAAAUGUAACAAGCGGACUUUCUUCAUUGAUUGAACCAGAAUCGUUAAAAAUUGUUUUUGAUACCAUCAAAAAUGAAUUUGAUCUCUAUUAUUUGUCGAAUGAUGAUGUUUUUCGAUGUCAUAAAAUGGCGGAGACUGCAAGUAAUGAUUUUGGAGAAUGCAAGCUACUAUUGAGAAAAUGGCAAAAGAAUCUUGAUGAUAAUCAAGAGGAUUUAAUCCUAGAAACAUUUGAGUCAAUGUCGACUGAUGUUCUGGGAGCAUCUGUACAUAGAAAACGUAAAUUCGACCCUUCGCUACAGGGUCGAAAAGCAGACUUUUCUAUAUAUAUACCUAUUAAAGGUAAAAAAUGUUACCUACUUACAUCAGAAGUAAAAUCUGCCAAUUAUAUAUUAUCAAAUAAAAACAAAAUUACUUCGGAAGAUUGUGAUCUCGUGAAAUUGGGAAAUGGAAUGAAAGAUAUAAUUGACAAAUGUAUUGAGGAUGGGGUGGAAGAUACUAAUUUAAUAAUUUGUGGCUUUCAGUGUCGUGUUUAUGCUAUGGAUUUAAAAUAUGAGGCGAUAUACCGUAUGAUUCUUUUGGGAAAAUUUUAUCUUCCUCGGGACAGUUCUGAUUUUGGCGUACUUCCUACUUCAAUAGAACGUCUUAUGCAAGUAAAAAAUAUAAUGAACUGUUCUGCCGAAAUAUGCAAGAGGAAAAUUCAGAACUUAGCUAAUAAUGAAAUAAUUCGAAAUGAUCGUAAUGGUACACCUUUAAAUAAUAAAAUGAUGCGAACAUCAUUCCAUACACCCCUAAAAGUUCAAACAGUAAUUGAAACCAAUCAAUCUGCACAUGUAACGUAG